GGCAUGUUAAACUUGUCACCGAUAGGUCGAAGCUGUACUCUAGAAGAACGGCUGCAAUUUGUGGAAUAUGAUAAAGAACAUGGCGUACGGCAGAAAUUCGUCAAAAAACUCGAAAAUUUUGCGAAGGGAUGGGAUCUGAACAUCUGCAUCGGUGGUCAGAUCAGCGUCGAUGUGUUUCCCUGUGGUUGGGACAAAACGUUCUGCUUGAGAUAUUUAACUGAUUUUGACACCAUUCAUUUCUUCGGUGAUAAGACUGUUGUGGUUAGUCGCCUGGCACUUUUUGCGCUUUGCACGAUUUAUGCAAAAUAUUGUGGCGCGACGUCAUGUAGUUGUGUUUGUGUUGCACUUCCUCUUCUGUCGGGCAAACCAGCUUCAAAACAAUGA